UUGCAUCGCGGUAGGCUAAAGCGAGCUUUCAUCUUCAUCUCCGUCCAACGAUGGUGACGAAGGGUCAAAGAUGAUGGUGACCGUCAGCAUCAAAGUCCAGACAGCCUCUUGAGAAUCGACCACCUCCCUACUGCUCGCUCGCGAGGAAAGAAAGCACCAAAGAAUGGCAAGGACGAGCCACAAUGAAAGCGAGAACAGAGCCGGGUCUUUCUUCCUCGCGACGCUGCUUCUGUGGCUGGUCUCGGUUCUGUUGGAGAUAGCCUUCAACAAGAGGAGAGAGCUGCUCUUCAUCCUCGUGGGAUGUUGCUUCUACCAGACCGCGAAUUGGGUCGUCCGGUCCUGCGUCUCUCGCGACCCUCUGUUCGUCAACACCUCCGUCUCUCUCCUCCACUCCACCAUCACCUCUUCCUCAGUGGUCUUCAUUUUACUAAAUUUGUGGUUAAAAGAGGGUAAUAAGGACAUCUUUGAGCAUUCGCAGUUGGUUGGGGCUGCCUGGCCUUGGGCAUACAAGGCAUUGUGCUUCUCCUGUGGUUAUUUUGCGUAUGAUCAAUGGGAUAUGCUACAGUACCGACUGUAUAGUGGUCGGAUACCUUCCAUCCUAGUGCAUCAUUUGAUACUCCUUAUAUGCUUUACUCUUGCUCUAUAUCGAAAUGUCACCAUCAACUAUCUUAUCUUGACCCUCAUUUGCGAGAUACAUUCCAUAUUCCUGCACACAAGGAAAGUACGGAGAAUGGCCGGUAUUCGCGAUGCCAAGAGUGUGGUGGUGACGAUUGAGUGGGUUCUGAACUGGGUCUUCUUCUUUGUCGCGAGGUUAGCAGCUCAUGUUUUCAUAACAGCAAAGCUCAUAAUAGAUGCUUCCAAAUUCGAUAAGGGCAUCGAGUUGCCACUUGCCUUGUUUGGGAUGGCUGGAAUGAACUUGCUCAAUAUUGGUCUUGGAUUUGAUCUCUUCGGUGCUUUCAAGAGAGAGAUGUGGACAUCGCAGAGUAACCAUCGCCGUGAAUGAAUGCCAUUGCUGAGCCCACGAGCACACAAAUUUGUUGUGCUUACGCCCCUUGCCGUUAUGGGAUGGCCAGAAUGAGCUUGCUCAGUGUCAGUCUCGGCAUUGAUCUCUUCAGUACUUUCAAGAGAGAGCUGUGGACCUUGAAAAGUGACCGUGUUCAUGAAUGAAUCGCCUUUGCCAAGCCCGAGAGUUGAUAAAUUUGUUCUAUCUUGUAAAAUCUGAUUCUUUUCAUUGUCUUGUGUUGAAAUUGACGCAGUUUUGGAAAACCGUCAUGAACAUUGUAAAAUUUUUGAGAU